AUGACCUCACCUGCAACACGCAAGAGAAUUAUUGUCGCGAUUACAGGAGCGACAGGCUCUAUACUGGCCGUCAAAACCCUGUUGGCCCUGAGGCGCCUGAACGUCGAAACGCAUCUCAUCAUCAGUAAAUGGGCAGCCGAAACUCUAAAACACGAGACAGACUAUCUUCCGGCACAGCUCAAGGGUCUGGCCGACUUUUCGCACAGCGUCCAUGACAUGGCCGCCCCUAUUGCAAGCGGGUCGUUCAGAUGCGACGGAAUGAUCAUAGUUCCAUGCAGCAUGAAGACCUUGGCAGCGGUGUCGAUGGGGUUUGGGGAUGAUCUCAUUGCCCGGACAGCCGACGUCAUGCUCAAAGAGAGGCGUCGCCUGGUGCUCGUCGCCCGAGAGACACCCUUGAGCGAGAUCCACCUUCGCAACAUGCUCGAGCUGACCAGGGCCGGCGCUGUCAUCUUCCCGCCCGUGCCGGCAUGGUAUAUCAAGCCUGCCACUUUGGACGACCUGUUGGACCAGAGUGUUGGCCGGUUGCUGGACCUCUUCGACUUGGACACUCAAGAUUUCUCACGAUGGAAUGGGUGGGAAAAGAAAUAG